CUGAAUUUUUGAAAGCGUAUUUAUUCCUCCUCCUUUCAAAAAAAAGAACAGGAGGGUAAUUUACGAAAUAGAAUCAAAGAAAAGGAAGGAGCUUCUCCACAGUGACCCCAAAUGUCGAGCACAAAUACUGCUAAACGGUACAAAGUUGUGCUCUUGGGUGAAAGUGGGGUGGGCAAAUCGUCGCUCGCACAACGCCUUGUGAAGCGCGAGUGGAGCGAAACUCUCAACAGCACGGUGGGAGCUUCGUUUUUCCGGUACCCAUGUCGCGUUGGGGACGUUGAUGUUUGCUUUGAAAUCUGGGAUACAGCAGGGCAGGAGCGCUAUAAGAGCCUAGCCUCGAUGUACUACCGUGGGGCUGCCGCAGCGCUCAUUGUCUAUGAUAUCACCUCAUACGACACUUAUGAGUGUGCCCUUAAUUGGGUACGAGAGCUGUCGACAAACUCUCCCGAGACCAUCAUAACGUUGGUGGGUAAUAAAAAUGACUUGGAGAGCAGUCGGCGUGUGAGCACCGAGGAGUGCCGACGGUACGCAACGGAGGUGGGAGUCUUCUUUACUGAGGCCAGCGCCAAAAAUGGGAACGGUGUGCAGGAGAUGUUUGACGAAAUCGCCAAAACUUUGGUAGAGACAAAAAACCCAAAUAGCGUCCGUGAAGGUCGUGUGAUUGUUCCAGAACAAAGACCAGCUCCCCAGUCCAGAUGCUGUGGUUAGGCUACUGAGUAUUCUAAAUCCUCUAGUGAUACACACAGUGCUUUCUAUCUUCCCUAUUGGGAAAGACAACUGUUUUUGCUUGGUAGUUGAGAAGGACAUAUAUCGGUGGGUUUCUUGUUCUUUUAUAUAAUUCAUUUGGUACAUUAUCAAUGCGAUGCGUAUACAGGUGAAAGGAAUUUGUCUCAGAAUGAAGGCAUUUGAAAAGCCAGAAAUCAAGAGUAGAAUUGAUAAAGACAUAGCAAACAUGCCUUCAAUUUUGGGGAAAUCAUUUAUACUCAAGAGCCUGUUUUUGCCAUCUUGAUCACGCAGCCUUUUCCUGUAUAUUAUAUAAAUGCAAGUGUGUGGAACUUGGCAUGCGUAUCAUUUUUAUAUAAAUGAAUAAAAAACAACAUAUUUGUGUCGUAUUCAUGCUCAACUCUUUUAUUGUCAUUGCAUAUUUGUAUAAUUUACUCUUAAUUAAGGCAUAAUAUGCUAGAAAAUGUGAAGAUGCUUUUCUCGCGUGUGAUAUCAGUGGCUCAUUUUUCUUGUAUCAGCUUAUUUCUUUGUACCUAUAAGAA